ACACUGAUUAAUGCGUUCAAUCCUUAAACAUGACAAAAAGCUGUCCACCACUCCAAAACUCGUCGGAUAUUUUGCAAACAGUUGAUUUAUAUCAGCCAUGGUUACUUCGACAAACCCAUGACAAUCAGAAGUACCCUUGCGAAGACGAACGUCACGAUUGAUUAACAUAAAGUAUAAAGCACCGCAGCUUUCCUUAAAAGGUUGCAACAAUCGAAAAACGGACUGGAUUUUCGAGAAGCUAUUACAUAGGGAAACCUCCGAUCUAAACCGCAGAAUACAACAGUAUACGGUAUAGUAGACAUAGUCCGAGACGUGUUACAUGCACAUUGUCGAGCAGCGGGACCCCGUAUAAAUCCCACAAUUUUGCGCAUGCUACGUUUGUGAACGUUUUGUCGCCAUUUCUCGGUCAAUAGGACAGGCAGCUCGGUGAUGUCGCGUUCCUAUUUUUGAUGGACCUUGAAGGUGCAUUGUAAGCUAGAAUGUCUGUCGUUGGGGAUGUGCAGCUGUCAAAGUGUUGAUGAACGAGGUGCUGAUCAAUCCGAGCCAGUCUUAUAUUGCGAAACGGAACCAGGUUUGCUCCUCGGACAUUACAUCUUCGCAAAACGCAUUCGGCGGAAUGGUCGGUCGCUUUUGUCCUCCUCCGGGAGCACCUCCGAACAAGGGGAAUUUUCCGCACCGUUCGUCUAUGUAGUCAAAUCUGCUCUCACUGUCAACCAUUGGAUCCGAUCAGAGAUUUACCGAUCGCUGGAUCAUCGAAACUGAUCUAAGGGGUCCAGUCUUCGCAUUGGUUCACUCUGAUUGACUGUGACCGUGACACAUCGAGUUUUUGAUGAAAAAUCGAAGGUGGUCGAAGUUUCCACGAUGACGUGGAUUCGGAAAUUCUGUUUGAAGCAAUUACGUCACGCUGACGGGAUACUGACAUCACGGAGUGAGAAGCGCGAUCUUAUUUGUUUCGAGGCGCAGAAAACCAUGUCUGACCAAUCUUCUCCUUUGCCACGUCAUCUGCAAAGACACGACCAAUCGCAGAAGCGACUCGCCAUGAGCCGCUUCUGAUGGCCCAUCGAAAAUGGCCGCAUCGAUGGAUUUUCUCCGAAUACAAUUUUCACACAGACACACAAAUCAAACUAACGGUAAAGCGUCGAGCUUAUUCGUUACCCGGGUUCAAAACACAAGCUCCAGUUUUUAAUCUCCGACAGAUAUUCCUUACUGCUAGGUUGGUAGUGUAGACAGCACAGUGAAGUUAUGAAGUUUUCUUCAGCUGCCGCGACGACGGUAGGACUUUUGUUAAGUGGACAUGCGCCGAUGAUUUUCUCCUUCGUGACACCCCCUUCGCGCUUCGCAUCCGGCCAUCAAGCCAGUGGAUCCGAACGAUCUAUCAUCAGCCACUCUACGGAAUCUUCCAGUUCGUUGACGUCCCACAACACAAAUGACAGUCGUUCGAUCUCCAGCAAAAUGCAGUUUCCGCUCUUCAUGACGGCCACGUAUUCUGAAGCCGGCAAGAAAAAGACUUCCACAAUUUCGACGACAGGCUCUAACAGCAUGGUCUCCGAACAAGAGGAUAGCAAGCACGGCAUAGUCCCCUUCGGCGGUUCUGCGGCUCACGUGAAAACCCCCGACAAGCAAAUCUUGGGUGGCAAAGGCCUCGGCUUACAGGAAAUGAGUUACGUUGGCAUCGACGUGCCACCCGGCUUUACACUCACCACGCCUCUCUGUCAGGUCUUUCAAGAGAACGGCGACUUGCCUGAGGAAAUGUGGAGGCAAGUCGAAGCCGCAAUCCAGCGGGUUGAGCAAGACAUGGAUCGUAAAUUUGGAGAUCCCUCUUACCCACUUCUGUUCUCUUGUCGCUCGGGCGCGGCCAUUUCCAUGCCUGGUAUGAUGGACACCGUCCUCAAUGUGGGAUUGAACAAAGAAACCGUUGAAGGGCUCGCCAAGGCAACAGGUAACAAGCGUUUCGCUUACGACUCCUUUCGUCGUUUGCUAGACAUGUUUGGUGACGUUGUCCUUGGCAUUCCGCACGAAAGUUUUGAAGACAAGCUCAAAGGCUUGAAAGCUAAGGUUGGUGUACAGGACGAUAUUGAUUUGACGGCUGAGCACCUCAAAGAACUUUGCGACCUUUACGAAAAGGUUUACGACGAACACGGCAAGGAGUUUCCCCAUAAUCCGAUGGAUCAACUUAAGGCUUGUAUCAAGGCAGUCUUCGGGUCUUGGAAUUCAGGUCGAGCAAUCAAGUAUCGUGAAGUGCAAGGAAUAACUAGUUUACUAGGAACAGCCUGCAACAUUCAGACGAUGGUGUUUGGAAAUCUCGGACCGACUUCGGGGACGGGAGUCGCGUUUUCGCGCGACCCGGGCACCGGAAAGGCCGUGCUAAAUGGCGAGUACUUGGUCAACGCACAGGGUGAAGAUGUGGUAGCCGGUAUUCGUACGCCCGAACCAAUUUCCACAAUGGAAAAAGGAUUUCCCAAGGCCUAUGAACAAUUCAUUCGUAACGUGCAUACCCUCGAGCAGCAUUUCAAGGACAUGCAAGAUGUCGAAUUUACCGUCGAGAACGAAAGGCUGUGGAUGUUGCAGUGCCGCUCUGGUAAACGCACCGGACAAGCCGCACUGAAGAUUGCUUGCGAUCUGGUCGACGAAGGCAUUUGCACUCCGGAAGAAGCCUUGCUCAAGGUAGAGCCUGAUCACGUCAAGCAAGUACUGCACCCAACGUUCUCGGCCGAAGCCUUGGAGUCAGCUGUCUACAAGGAGAAUGUAGUGGCAGUUGGCCUUGCCGGUGGUCCCGGGGCUGCCGUUGGCAAAGUUGUCUUUUCUACGGAAACCGCCGAGGAAAUGACGAAGGAAGGUGUCAUACUGGUUCGUGAAACGACGUCGCCAGAAGAUGUCGGAGGAAUGUGGGCUUCUCGAGGUAUCGUCACCUGUCGUGGCGGAGUCACAUCUCAUGCGGCAGUUGUGGCUCGUGGGUGGGGUAAGCCCUGUGUUGUUGGUUGUGACGAUAUCGAUGUCGAUAUGAAGACCAAGACUAUGACAAUUAAGGAAACGGGCGAAGAGUUUAAGGAAGGAGACGUUAUCUCCAUCAACGGAAGCACGGGUGAAAUUGUUCGUGUCGCGAUCGAGACCACAGUCCCAGCUUUGGAAGGCGAGUUCGGCAAACUUUUGGGUUGGGCGGACGAGGUCCCUGACGUAUGCCGAGUCAUGGCGAAUGCCGAUUCUGGAGCUGACGCCCAGAAGGCUCGUGAUCUUGGGGCCCAAGGUAUCGGUCUCUGCCGUACCGAGCACAUGUUUUUUUCACCAAGUCGUCUUCCAGUUGUUCGACGGUGGAUCCUGCGGGACGAGGGUCUGGAACAGGUCCAAGAAUUCCAGCGGGAGGAUUUCCGCGAGAUUAUGCAUGUUAUGGACGGAAAGCCGGUCACUAUUCGUCUUUUGGAUCCACCUCUGCACGAAUUUUUGCCGCACUCGAGUGAGAUCAACGAGAAACUCUCGAAACAACUAGGCUAUGAUGAUAGCCAAGCGUUGGCCAGCGAUAUUGAAGCCAUGCACGAGGAGAAUCCAAUGUUGGGCUUGCGAGGAUGCCGUUUGGGGAUUGUUCGCGAAGGCCUAACCGCCAUGCAGACUGAGGCGAUUAUUCAUGCCGCGGCGGAUUUGAUUGAGAAGAACAAUGAUGCGAAGCCUUAUCCACGGAUUAUGGUGCCGCUGAUUGGGAGCGUCGCCGAGUUCAAGAAUCAAGCACUUCUAAUCAAGCGUACUGCAGAACGUGUCAAGAAAGAGCGUGGAAUUGACGUGCCUUACGAGAUUGGUACUAUGAUUGAAGUGCCACGGGCAGCGCUAGUUUCGGACCAGAUUGCAGGAGUGACCGAUCCGGAAGACGGAAAGCGACUCUGCGAGUUCUUUUCGUACGGAACCAAUGAUUUGACACAAAUGACAUUGGGAAUUUCACGGGACGAUGCCGGUGCUUUCCUUCAGGUAUACAAGGAUCUAGGCAUAAUGGAAGAAGACCCUUUCAAGUCAAUUGAUACUGAGGGUGUGGGUUUCUUGCUUCAUCUUUCGGCUGCUAAGGGUCGAAUGGUCAAUCCAGAGCUUUCGCUGUCCAUUUGUGGAGAGCAUGGUGGUGAUGCGGCCUCGAUUAAAUUUUUUGACAAGGUUGGUUUGGACUACGUUUCAUGCUCGCCUUUCCGUGUUCCGGUUGCCCGACUUGCUGCUGGACAAGCUUCGGUGAAGCGGCGCAAGGACGAAAUAGAGCCUAUGAGCCGCAAAGACCGUGUUGUCAAGACUUCGCCCAUGGCGUAAACGAGAGGAAUCAUGUUUUUUCGGAUGGUUGACAUGCAUUCGCGUUUGCUUUCUAGCAGAGAGCUUUAUGCAGUGGUUUGUGGUCGUCUAUAUUAUUGUAAAGAGAAUAACACUUCAGAUCACGCAUUUCG